CGCAGGGCGGAGCCGCGCAGUGCCGGUGCCGCUACGGGGGGCGGGGACUGGCCGUGCCGUAGCCGGUGUGUGGGGCGGAACCGUGGGGUGCCGGUCCCGGUACGUGGGACUGUACCGGUGCCGGUACGCGGGGCGGGACCGUGGGGUGCCGGUCCCGGUACGUGGGACUGUACCGGUGCCGGUACGCGGGGCGGGACCGUGCAGUGCCGUAGCCCGUGUGCGGGGCGGGGCUGCGCCGGUGCCGGUGCGUGGGGUGGAGCCGUGUUGUGCCGGUGCCGGUCCGCGGGGCGGGGACGAGCUGUGCCGUAGCCGGGGUGUGGAGCGGAGACGAGCGGUGCCGGUGCCGGUCCGCGGGGCGACGCGCCCCUAUGAGCCGGUGAGGCGGCAGCGGUGCGGGAGGGAUGGCGGCGGGCGGCGGCGGAGGGCGACCGCCGGGCCCCGACCCCGCGCUGGAGCCCUACGUGCAGACCCGCAUCUUCAAAAUCAUCGUGAUCGGAGACUCCAAUGUGGGCAAGACGUGCCUGACCUUCCGCUUCUGCGGGGGCACCUUCCCCGGCAAGACCGAGGCCACCAUCGGCGUGGACUUCCGCGAGAAGACGGUGGAGAUCGAGGGGGAGCGCAUCAAGGUGCAAGUGUGGGACACAGCUGGCCAGGAGAGGUUUCGGAAGAGCAUGGUGGAGCACUACUACCGCAACGUGCACGCCGUGGUCUUCGUGUACGACGUGACCAAGAUGAGCUCCUUCACCAACCUCAAGACGUGGAUCGAGGAGUGCAACGGGCACGCGGUGCCCCCGCUCGUCCCCAGGGUGCUCGUGGGGAACAAGUGUGACUUGAAAGACCUCAUCCAGGUGCCAUCCAGCCUGGCCCUCAAGUUCGCCGAUGCUCACAACAUGCUUUUGUUUGAGACAUCGGCCAAGGACCCACAGGAAAGCCAGAACGUGGACGCGAUUUUCAUGUGCCUGGUGUGCCGGCUGAAGGCGCAGCGCUCGCUGCCCUGCCGGGACACGGAGGGCUGGCCGGCGCAGCCCCAGCCGCACCCCCGGCGGCUGGACGAGGCCAGCGGGAAAGGCUCCUGCCCGUGCUGAGCGGGACCCGCCCGGACCCCAAUAAAGGCUCUGAGCCCCC